AUGCCGGACUUCGCAGACAGUCUCAGGCCAGCUUCGCCAACCGGACCAGAUACUCUCGCCAAGGAGCGUGGCCAAUCCGAUGUUCCGAUAGACGAACUUGCUGAGCACCUGCUCUCCCGUAAUGACUUUCUGAAACGUCAACAGAAGAUACUGCCGAUUCUGCAAAGAGAUCCGCUUUUCAAUAAAGUACGGCAACCAAACCUUUCACGGCCAGAGCGAUAUCAGUUAGGACUCGCCCGAGCGAAAAAGCUUCGUCGAUGGGCCGAUGAGCAUGGAUGGGACAGCGAGGAUCAGAAUAUGUCUGCAUACCUUUGUGACGAUGUUUCCCCGUACAUGGUCCACUCUGCGAUGUUCGAAACGACGGUCAAGGAGCAAGGCAAUGAUGAGCAGAGGAAGUAUUGGCUGCCCAAGAUCCAGGCUUGGGAGGCGAUUGGCUGUUAUGCACAGACUGAACUCGGUCAUGGAUCGAAUGUACGAGGCAUAGAAUGUCGCGCGACCUACGACCCUAGAUCGCAAAGCUUCAUCCUUCAUAGCCCAUACCUGACCUCUAGCAAGUGGUGGAAUGGCUCAAUGGGAAGGACUGCCAAUCAUGCCAUCGUUAUGGCGCAGCUUUACAUACCGAAGUCGCCAGACUCGAAGGAGCUUAUUCACCAUGGACCUCAUGCAUUCAUAGUUCAAAUACGGGACCUGAAGACCCAUCAACCACACAACGGCAUCAUCGUCGGCGAUAUUGGGCCAAAGUACGGCUACGCACCUAUGGACAACGGUUACAUGCUAUUCGACAACUACAGGGUGCCGCACUCAGCUAUGCUCUCAAGAUACUCCCAUGUCGAUCCAACAACGUGCAAGUACACCAAACCGGCUAAUCCUGCAGUCGUUUACGGGAGCUUGACGUACGUACGAGCGACCAUAAUCAUGCACGCUCGACUGAUCAUGGCUCGGGCGGUGACGAUUGCAGUGCGCUACGGCACAGUCAGAAAGCAAUUCCCAGACCGAGACACCAAACAGAAGAAUGCACCCGAACUUUCUGUGCUCGAUUACCCGACUGUACAGAUACGCAUCUUGCCGCUACUCGCAACAGCUUUUGCACUACAUUACACUGGAGAAGCCAUGCAUAACCUCUAUGAGAACACAAGAGCACAGAUUGAGCGUGGCGAUUUCAGCCGACUAGCUGUACUGCAUGCUCAGUCGUCGGGCCUCAAAAGUCUUUGCACUGAGUUGGCAGCCAAUAGUAUUGAAACUUGUCGCAGAGCAAUGGGUGGCCAUGGCUUCAUGUAUUCGAGUGGCUUCGUGCAAUUCAACAACGACUACCUAUCGAAGCCUACAGUUGAGGGCGACAACUGGAUGAUAACGCAACAGACAGCAAGAUACCUCAUCAAGCGUAUGGAAGCAGCUGUGAAGCGCAAGGGAGAGCCUGAGGAUGAAAUCGAGGCCUCUUGCCGAAGGUGGCUUCAAAAUGAGCACCACACAAGACCAGAGCCAUUCCGUAUCUUUGACCGGGACGUCGACAUCGUCAAUGCCUUCCGUCGUCGCUCGAGAUUCUUGACGUACAAGGCAUAUGUUGAAAGGAUCGAGAAGAAGCGUAGCGAGAAGGAGCUGCAGAUUCAGCUACGAAAAAUCAGUGUUGCCGAAUCGCAAUCUAUUCUGGUGGCAAAUUUCUUCGAGGCCUUGAACAACGGCGGCUCAGACAUGUCUUCUGUGCUCAGAAAGCAUCUCAAUACACAGUUCCGUCUCUUCGCUUUCUUCACCAUGGACAGCGAGGCGCGGGAUUUCCUGAAAGCCCAGGCAGUCUCAGAUGACGACCUGGACAUUUUGCCCAACAAGGUUCAAGAACUCAUGGCGCAGAUUCGACCACACGCCGUAAAAUUGGUCGAUAGCUGGAAAAUUCCAGAUUUCCUGCUCGACAGUGCGUUGGGCAGGUACGACGGAAAGGUGUACGAGGAGCUCUUCGAUCGAGCUCAUCGAAGGAAUCCGCUCAAUGAGAUCACGUUCAAUCCGUACUACAAGAGUGAGGAGAUCAUUAUGGGCGGAGAAGGCAAUUUGAAGACGAUUUUGUCGAAACUUUAG